GACAGACUGAGCAGAGCAGCAGCAAGAACUUGGACAGAUUGGUUAGACAGAGCUCUCCACAUUUCACAUCUGGACUUAAUCUAAAACUGGGACAAUGGCCCUGCCUACAAGUUUCCCAGUUGACAUCACCAACACUACCAUAAAUGAAGAUCUGUUUCCCAGUUAACAUCACCAACACUACCAUAAAUGAAGAUCUGGUAUAUACCAGCAACCAGUGUCCUGAAACAGAGAUUGACCAGAUGAUCUACACUGUGGUGCCUGUGUAUCUUCUCAUCAUCUCUGUGCUGGGAAUUGUACUUAAUAUUCUGGUCCUUUUGGUGUUCUGGCUCCACAAGAAUCCCUGCACCGAACCUGAGAUCUACCUGAGCAACAUGGCGGCUGCUGACCUCCUCCUGAUGUGCUUUCUGCUCUUCUGGGCUGCCACCGUAGCCAACAAAUACAACUGGUUCUUCGGUGCCCUCAUGUGUCAAAUGGUCAACUUUUGCAUUGUCGUGAACGCCAACUGCAGCAUCUACUUCCUUGUUCUGGUUAGCAUCGAUCGUUUUUUGGCCCUGGUGCAUCCACUGUCUAAUGAUAGAAUACGCAGCCGGAAAUGUGCUCGACUUGGUUGUGUGCUGGUCUGGUGUUUUGGUUUGAGCCUCGGUAUCCCCACGCUCAUGUGCAGAAAAGUGAAAGAUUACCCUCAAUUUAAUUUUUCUAGCUGCUCUUUUGAUUGCAGUGAAACUGUAUUUUAUACAAAUGAGGUGGUUAAGACCAUGUUCGGCUUCAUUAUCCCAGUUGCCAUCAUUUCCUACUGCACCGUCAAGAUCAUUCAAGCUUUGAAAAAUCGAUCAGUAGAGAGUGCCAGGAUUCAGAAAAUGGAGCACAAGGCUACCUUUCUGGUGUUGGUAGUGCUAGGGGCAUUUCUGAUCUGCUGGGCCCCAUUUCAGACAUUGAGGAUCAUAGAAAAUUUCCUAAGGACUGGAAUCAUCCCUGGAAAUAGCAGCUGUGAAGUUGUCCGAGUCUUUGACAUCUGCAUGCACACCUUUAACUAUCUUGCCUUUUUUAACAGUGUUCUGAACCCUAUCCUCUAUGUGAUCGUAGGAAAGAAUUUCCGUACAAAAAUGCGAGAAGUCUCCAACAGAUACUGUACACUGAGACAAAAUCAUCAUCCACACGACUGACCACCAGCUCAGCCUCGACAAAAACAAGCAUAUGAAGGUUUACCAUUUUGUCUGUGUCUGAGAUGUUAUUGGAUUUUUCAUUUGAUGUUGCACCUUGUUCAAGCUUAAUUACCUGAGCCUGACCCAAACACGUUCCUAACAAGACACUACUGAUUGUAUUUUAAUAGACUCUGGGUCUAGGCUACGAUAUACACACAAAGCACCCUUCAUGUCUGAACAGUCAUCUUAACAGGAUAGUGGCGUAGAUUUUAUCUGUGCAGUCUGUCAAUACGCUUGUGUUUGUUCCAGAUUUUAACCUGUUUAAACAUGUGCAUAAGUUACCAUUAUGCCACGUUUCCACUACGUGGUACCAGCUCGGCUCGACUCAACUCAACUCGGCCUUUUUGCGUUUCCAUUAUG